AUGGUCGAUAGGCCACGUGCCUUGCGGGUAGCCGAGCUUAUCAACGACUAUCGAACCCUCCUUAUGCACAUCGCUAGGCAUACUGUACAAACUCCAGCGGACGAUUACCACGAUGAGGCGUACAAAGAGCUUAGAGCAGGCCUGGCUGCAGCCCAGGCACUGAUAUCAGCCAACUAUAACCCCAUCGUGGCACCUACCCAGUCCAACACGGAGACGGAGAAGGCCGAACUGCAGAGAACUAUCCUCGACGCAAGCGCGCGGCGAUUCCAAGCGCACCGCAUCUAUCUCCGAGUAGCAGUCGCCAAAAGAUGGGCCAUCUCCAGACAGGAUAUCGUACGGGGAGGACCGGCAGGGAUCCAGCAUACUGCUCCGCUGAACUCCCUUGGCAACUCAUUCCGACAGGAAAUGGCGCGCUUGACGGACCAGUACGCUGUGGAUGAUCUGCGGGACGCAGACAUGCGGGCAGGAUAUUGGAUUGUAGAGGAUCCCACUCUACCCGAGAUCCUUGACUGGAUUCAGUACCACCUGUAA